AUGCAAAAGGAAAGAAUGGAAUGGCAAAGUUUUUUGGCAUCCGUACUUAAUGGCGACGUUAUUAAAUCGGAGAAACGGCGUAUGUCAGGUUCAAAUCCAAGGCAAGCGGCUAGUAUAAGUUAUCAAAUUUGGUUGGGAAUCCGUGCUAUAACGCGUGGACGUACACUCGCGGAAGAGAAGUUGAUUGUUGAGGAGAGUCGACAGAUAAUCGAUGUUUUACUCAAAGAAGUUAUAGAAUUUGAGGUAAAACCAGGUGAUGUGCCUGCAAUUGAUCAGGUAGCCGAGAUACUUCAGAGAGUUGAUACAUGUGAGAAUCUUUAUCAUUCACGCAAAGCAAUGAUGCUUGAUAAACCUUUAUAUAAAUCAGAAGAAUUUCAAUAUAGUUUGGAUGCUCUUAAUUCAUGGUUAACGAUAACACGUAGUUUGCAAACACAAUUAAAAAUUUUACAAAAUUGGACAGGAAGUGGAAUUUUGGAAAUUACUCGACCGAAGGAUGCCCCAACCGAUGCAGAAAAUCCUUCUUUUCUUGAACGAAUAUUGAAAGAGAAUAGUUUGAAACAAACUUUUGAAAACCGAACUCUAUCGACUUUAGAUUCGCUUUUGCUAAAAGCGAAACGUGUAAUGAUUGAUAAUGCUGCUGCUUUUGCUAAAAUGAAAUUACCUCCUUAUAUCAACGAAUUACAGCAACUUCUUAAUUUUCCAACAAAACUUAUGGAAGAAUGUAUGAAAUUGUUACUUACGUAUUCUAAUCGUCUGUCCGAUCCUACUAUGUUGAUGGUUCAGCAGAUGAUGGAGAAUUUUCGAAUUUCUCUUUCAUUAGCAUGUCAAAUCAAACAUCAAUAUCUCGAGCUUAUCAAACCUGCAGAUGGUUGGGAUAUUCCUCCAUGCAUCGAUGAAAAUUAUAAUACAGUUUUACUAGACUCGUUGAAAUUCUACUUUAAGUUACUACAGUGGAAGCUCAAAAUUGGAUACAAGACUGUAUCAUUUAAGGAAGCAGAAAUUUUAGAAAAUGAAUGGUCUUUUUUAAGUGGCAUAUGUCGUCAUAUAGUGGGAGGUGAUUCUGAAACUGCAGUACAAUUUUGUUCUCUAACGAAUAAGUUACUUCAGAAUGUCAUGACUUAUUAUGAUAAGGAGCUUGGACUAGGACCUACGAAGUCUGAUCCUUUAAAAUUUUAUAAUAAACUCUUGGAAAGUGUACGUUUAAGAUUGAGAAGAUUGAUUCGGUUUACGAAAUUUCUUUUCGGUGAACUCGAAAAUGCUGCAGAAUAUUUUAUUGAUGAUAAUAAUUAUCAAGCUUUUAUCAAAGGAUUAGAGCAUACCUCACAUGUUCUUGUGUACCCUGAUACUUAUGAGUCUGAUGGUGUGUGCUUCAUUGUUGAACGAACGCUUCAUAACCGACCUCAACAAAUACAAAAACUACUUACUUCUGUUCUUACGUCCGAAAAAAGACAAGAUAAUUAUGAUGAAGAAUUAAUAGGAACGGAAUAUGUCCUUAUUCUAUCACCCAGGGUACAAUUUGAAUGGAAUGGUCUUAAUAUGGUUGAGUCGAUGGAACAACUUAAUAUUGAACUCAAAACUCACCGUAUCAGGCUAGUUUCUGGUGCAUAUCCAAGACUACAAGCAUGCAAACAACGUUUUCGCGAAGCAGUCGAUGGUUGUGGUAUUGAAGUUUUGUUAGAAACGCGAGCAAACGUACCUUGCGUUAAUCGCGAAAUGACUAAAAUUAAAAAAACUGUUUUCAAGCUUGCUAAUAAAAUAAUUGAUAGUGUUGCAUUAAUUAAAGAAAAAACAAAGAAUGAAGAAUGUCAAGAUUUGAUUGAAAACUGUUUUAGUUUUGCAACUGAAAUAGGUCAACGUUGUUUGCGUUAUAUGCAUCGAGAUGCUGUGCGUGCGCAAUUAAAUGUUAAAUUAACCCGAAUGGCGAUAGAUUGGGUUAGUUUUAUAUGUGAUGAUUGUGUUCCCACAGAUCGCAAAACGUUUAGAUGGGCGGUAAUUGCUUUAGAAUUUGCUAUGGCGACAAAUCGUGGUAACAAUAUUCUAGGUUUAACAGAAAAUGAAUUUGCCAUGUUGCGUAGCAAAGUAGGGAUGUGUAUGAGGUUACUUAUAUCUCAUGUAGAUAUUAUGGGUGCGCGAUCAUCUCAUGAAGAGCAACAACGGCAAGAGACAACUGGUCAUCAGAGUGAUCUUGUAUUACAGUCUCUUCUUCAACUCCAAAAUAAUUAUGGUAAUGCUUAUAGCGGCAAGGAUUCUUUAGUUAUGCGAGAUGAAUGGAUGGCUAAGUUAAAUGAAUUAGAAGCUAGACGCUACGAAAAGGAACAAGAUCAACGUCUUGUUGGUAAAGUUCUUGACGAUAAUCAACCUGAAAAUCGACCUUUAGUCUUUUUAGCAUCAUCAAGUUCAAAUAUUUCUUUACGAUGGCAACAAGGCAAAUUUAUAGGAGGUGGUGCUUUUGGAUCAGUUUAUUUGGCUGUCAAUUUAGAUACUGGAGAUCUUAUGGCUGUCAAGGAAAUACGAUUUCAGGAUCCAUCUUCACUUACAACGCUUUAUAGGUCUGUCAAGGAAGAAAUGUCAGUUAUGGAAAUGCUUGAUCAUCCAAAUAUUGUUUCAUAUUACGGUAUUGAGGUACAUCGGGACAAAGUAUAUAUUUUCAUGGAAUAUUGUCAGGGUGGUAGUCUUGCUUCUCAGUUAGAACAUGGACGUAUCGAAGAUGAAGGAGUAAUUCAAUAUUAUGUUUAUCAGAUGUUGCAUGGGUUAGGUUACUUACAUGAAAACGAUAUAGUUCAUAGAGAUAUAAAACCUGAUAAUAUACUUUUAGAUCAUAAUGGAGUGAUAAAAUUUGUGGACUUUGGAGCAGCAAAAAUUCUUGCAAAAAAUCAGAAGACAAUGGGCCGAACUACAAUGGCACAAAAAUCUAAAACCAAUGUUCAUAGUCUAACUGGUACUCCAAUGUAUAUGGCACCGGAAAUAAUAACCGGAGGGGAGAAGGGUCGUAAAGGAUCAAUGGAUAUAUGGUCAUUGGGAUGUUGUGUAUUGGAAAUGGCCACUGGUAGACGUCCUUGGUCAAAUUUAGAUAACGAAUGGGCUGUUAUGUAUCAUGUAGUUACAGGUCAUCCACCUUUACCGGAUCCCUCACAGUUAUCGGAAUUAGGAAUGGAUUUCUUAAAAAUGUGUUUUAUUAGAUCAGCACAACAACGUCCUUCCGCUAAAGAAUUACUGAAGCAUCCAUGGAUCGAAGAUGCAGUUAAAGGAGUUUCUGCGAAUAUGGAUUCAAGCGAGUGGACUCAUAAUGGUAGUAUGUUGAGUACAAGCUCAAACUCCGCAACUAAUACAACACCUAACACUAGUAGUACUCCCACAACUCCUUUCAGCAAUAUAUCAAUGCGAACAAUGGAGUCUGCAAUGCGGACUUUAGAACUCGUGAGUGAUGAAGAUUUUAGACCUUCAUCCCCGCCAUUAUCGAAUGGUAAAGAACAUGUAGAAGAUGAUUCUCAAAAGAUAUUUAUGAUCAAAGAUGGGUUACCAUCUAGUACUUCAGUAGUAUCUGUUGAAAGCGAAGACGGUGUAUUAGUUUAG